CUAAUCAUUUUUUAUACGGUAUAACCUAUUCACUCGUUCUGUUCAAGGAGACGGUUAUAAUAAUGGCGAUACCAGUAAGUGAGACUGAGACUUUCACUGCCGAUCAGAAGACGGCUAGUCAUAUACCGUUGCAUUACCCGAAUAACAAUUCGAAUUUAACCAAUGUUUCAUACCAUUACAAUCCACAAGUAAGUCAAUAUCAUUAUGGGCCAUAUCAUCCCAUGAAGCCAUUCAGGCUCAUGCUUACGGACCAUUUGGUUAUUUCAUAUAAAUUGUACGAGAAGAUGGACUUGUAUACCCCAAGAAAAGCCACUAAACAGGAGAUGUUAGAGUUUCAUUCCGAAGAUUAUGUGAACUUUCUACAGAGCAUAACUCCUGAGAAAACAGCUAGGUUGUCAGAUAAAAAGCUAGCACAAUUCAACAUUGGUGAUGAUUGUCCAGUGUUUGAUGGGAUGUACGAUUAUUCGUCGAUAUAUGCGGGAGCUUCUUUAGACGCAUCCCGUAAGUUGAUUAGUGGAAUGUCAGAUAUUGCAAUUAAUUGGUCAGGGGGGUUGCAUCACGCCAAAAAAUCAGAACCAAGUGGAUUUUGUUAUGUGAAUGAUAUUGUGCUUAGUAUAUUGAACCUACUAAGAGUUCACCCUCGAGUGAUGUACAUUGAUAUCGAUUUACAUCAUGGGGAUGGAGUUCAAGAAGCAUUCUAUACAACAGACCGUGUUAUGACUGUUUCCUUUCACAAGUUUAACGGGGAAUUUUUCCCAGGAACUGGUUCCACGGAUGAAAUAGGGGUAGGUAAGGGUAAAAACUAUGCUAUUAAUGUACCUUUAAAAGAUGGUAUAGAUGAUGAUUCUUAUAUAAGGUUAUUCAAACUGAUCAUGGAGCCCUUGAUCACCAAAUUCCAACCGACUUGUAUUGUUCAACAAUGUGGUGCUGAUUCCCUUGGGUUUGAUAGAUUAGGUUGUUUCAAUCUAAAUAUUAGAGGGCACGGUGAGUGUGUAAAAUUCAUUAAAUCAUUCGGUAUCCCCAUGCUUGUAUUAGGUGGUGGGGGUUAUACUCCUAGAAAUGUUUCUCGUUUAUGGUGCUACGAAACGUCGGUGUUGAAUGAUGUAACCAUAGAUCCAAAAAUUCCAAAUUACUUACCUACUUAUGACUGGUUUGGUCCUGAUUUUUCUUUACAUCCCCAAUUAGAGGGCCGAAUCGAUAACAAAAAUUCAAAAAAGUAUCUUGAAAGCGUGAAACUUGAGAUCCUUGAGCAGCUAAGGUACUUGACCCAUGCUCCUUCAGUCCAAAUGCAAGAGAUCCCUCCAGACAUUACUGGGCUUACCGAAGAAGAAGAAGAAAUUAUAAAAGAUCUUAAUUUAGAAAAUGAUGACGACGAGACUAGAAAAUCUCAAAACACAAAAGAUGAAUCCAGAGAUUCGGAAAUGAUGGAUUAAGUUAAUCCAUUCAUACUGUACAUUAGCAAACCA